GGGGAUGCAUUACAAUGUAACACACACUUCCGCUUGCUCCCAACGUGGAAAGCAUGAGUGAAGUCACUGGAUACUGUAGCUGUUUUUAAACAAUUGUUAGAUAUUAAAGUAUGAGUUGUGGGUGACUCUGUUAAAUAUAAACAUGCAGGUAUCCACCGUGAAUGACGUGAAAAUCUAUAAUCUGAGCCAUGGAAAAUCACUUCCAGAGUGGUUAUCAGACCGGAAGAAAAGGGCUCUGCAAAAGAGCGACGUUGAUAUCCAACGUAGGAUUGAACUCAUUCAGGAUUUUGAGAUGCCUACAGUGUGUACCUCACUCAAAGUGUCACGUGAUGGGCAGUACAUUUUGGCUGCAGGCACUUAUAAACCCAGGAUACGCUGCUAUGACACUUAUCAGUUAUCUUUGAAAUUUGAGAGGUGUUUGGACUCUGAUGUUGUGGCCUUUGACAUCCUUUCAGAUGACUAUUCUAAGCUGGUGUUUCUCCAUAUUGACCGCUACGUUGAGUUCCAUUCUCAACAUGGCCACUACUACAAGACACGAAUUCCAAAGUUUGGACGAGACUUCUCCUAUCACUACCCCUCCUGUGACCUGUAUUUUGUGGGGGCCAGUUCUGAAGUAUACCGACUGAAUCUCGAGCAGGGCCGUUUCCUCAACUCCCUUGAGACCAGUGCAGCAGAGCAUAAUGUGUGUGACAUCAACCCUAUUCAUCACCUGUUUGCAACCGGGACAAUAGAGGGCAAGGUUGAAUGCUGGGAUCCCCGUGCCAGGAAUCGUGUGGGCCUUCUUGACUGUGCCUUAAGCAGUGUGACGGACAGCACAGAAGUUGAUGGCUUGCCAUCGGUGACGGCACUCAAAUUCAACGGCUCACUCGGUAUGGCAGUGGGAACUAGCACGGGUCAGGUUCUCCUUUAUGACCUGCGAUCCUCCCAACCACUGCUGGUGAAGGACCAUUACUACAGCCUUCCUAUCCACUCCCUCAACUUCCACGAACAGUUGGACCUGGUGAUCUCUGCUGACUCCAAGAUCAUCAAGAUGUGGCAUAAGGACACGGGUAAAAUAUUUUCUACCGUGGAACCUCAGGCCGACAUCAAUGAUGUUUGUAUUUACCCAGAUUCUGGUAUGCUUUUCACUGCAAAUGAAGAUCCCAAAAUGAACACAUUGUACAUACCGGCCCUUGGCCCCGCUCCACGCUGGUGCUCCUUCCUGGACAACCUCACUGAGGAGCUGGAGGAGAACCCGGAGAGCACCGUCUAUGACGACUACAAAUUCGUCACCCCCAAAGACCUCGACAACCUGGGUCUCACUCACCUGAUUGGCACGCCCCUCCUGCGAGCCUACAUGCAUGGCUUCUUCAUGGACAUCCGCCUGUACAAUAAGGUCAAAACGAUGGUGAAUCCAUUUGCAUAUGACGAGUAUCGCAAGGAUAAGAUCCGACAGAAGAUUGAAGAGUCCAGGGCCCAGCGUGUUCAGCUGAAGAAGCUGCCCAAGGUGAACAAAGAGCUGGCCAUGAAACUAAUGGAGGAGGGAGAGGACCAGGCCCUGCUGAAAUCUAAGAAGAAAGCCAAGGGCACCGCCAGCAUCCUCAGCGACGACCGCUUCAAGGUGAUGUUUGAGAACCCCGAGUACCAGGUGGACGAGCAAAGUGAGGAGUACCGCCUGCUCAACCCGCUCGUGUCCAAGGUCAGCCAGAAGAGGAAGAAGAAGCUGAUGAUGCUGGCCCAACUGGAGGCUGAGGACGAGAGGAAGGCCCAGCAGGAGGAGGAGGAAGAGCCGGAGGGCCGUGGCAGCUCCGAAGAGGACACCUCCGACGACGAUGACGACAAGGGCUGGGUGGCCGAGGUGCGCGAGCAGCGGCGCCUCAUUCAUUUCGAGAAGCGCGACCUCAAGCACAAGGAGUGGGAAAGAAGGCAGCAGGACCGAAACACGGACCUCCGAGCCGCUGGCACGGCCUCCCAGCAGAGUCAGUCCCAGAGGCAGGGCCAGCCACAGAGCCAGCCACGCUUCUACCAGAUCAAAGCAGGGGAAGAGUUCCGCAGCUUCGGUGACGUGGCUCGCAAGCAGAAGCUGCAGAAGGCCACGCUGGAGGAGCGUUUGAGAUUGGACGAGACCUCAGGGAGGUCCAACCUCGCUGAUUCGGCCGUGGGCAGCAAGCAGCUGACCUUCACGCUGAAAAAGUCUGAUAAACAGCGCUCACAGCAGAAAGCUGAGAGGGAUCACCAUGAGGAGAGGAGGAAACUGAGGCGACCUGCAGCUCACUUGAAGACAGGAGGCCGUGGCUGGAGUGGAGGCAGAGGGCGAGGGCGAGGCGGGGGUGGAGGCCGAGGUAGAGGGAGGGGGGGUGGUGGCGGUGAUGGUGGUGGCGGCAGAGGCCGCAGCAGCAGCAGCAGCAGAGGCCGCUUCUGAUGUACCUUACUGACCACAGGAAACCUCUAAUGGAUGGCGGCUGUCACAAGGAAGAUACCCUGGUGUAAUGCAAGCAAACGGUCAUCUUCUCGUGACCAAAAGACUGUUUCAUAAUUUUUCACACAUCAUAAGGAGAAGACCAGAAGUGCCAGAAUUUCAUCUGUUGCUCUUGAGUGGAAGUAGUCUUAAUAUAAAGAUACAAAGUGUGUGUGUGUGUUUUAAGAGGGAAAGAGAGACAGAGAGCGCGAGAGACAGUUCUGCCCAGUACCCAGGUUGUGUCCUCAGAAGUGUCCUCGUCAACACAGCCUUCACCUUGUUCUGUUCCUUCCCGAUGUUCUUUGGGGCAGACUAAAUAAGAGAUUGUGUACCAUAUUGGAAUAUAAAUGUUUUUAAUCAAAA